AUGUCUACCGCUGCGCCCCAAGGUCCUAUCGAGGCUCGUUCGCUCUCGUCGAUCACCGCUAUCGCAUCGAAUCCCCCCGCCUACCCACGCAAUCCCACCCACGAGAAGCUGGAUUCGCUAGCGCUGUAUAUUGUGAGGGUUCCAGGCAGUAAAGCUGUAACUGACUGCGCCUGGUUCGCUCCGGUUUCUAGACAUCUUUCUCUCCCCCCCCUCAAACCACCCACAAAAGCCAGCGUCUCGGCCGAGGCCAUCAAUGCGUCUCUGUACUAUCUCCAUGUUGCAACCCCGGACGACAAUGCACUCCUACAGGAGGUGGAACUCGAGCGAGAAGAUUCGGCUCACGUCCGAAAAGAAGCACAGGAUGCCGCGGGUCCGGAGGAUCCUGCGCAGCACGAUUUCGCCCGACUGAAUUACGUUCGUCGGAAGCCGGUUGGAGCGACCGGCGACUCAGGUCCUGGUCCUGAGCCUGAGCCUGACCCUGCCCCCGCAGUGGUGCAGCCCGAGAACGUUGCGCCUCCAGCCGUGUCGCGGCGGCCAGUCCCAAUGCCCGAGGUCUCCGCAGAGAAUGUUUCUUUCGCGGGGACCCCCGUUGCCAGUGUGCCUCCACCUCGUGACUCCGAGCUGCCAGGCGCGCCUCCCGUGGAGCCGGUGGUGACCAAGACCGCCAUUCCGCGACGACCUCUACCUCCUCUCCCGCCGAAUGAAGUGUCAUGGUCUAAUUCACCAACGGGCAACGACGAGCCUGGGGCAUCGAACCAAUGGAGUGCCUUUACCGGGAACCUCCAAAACCGAGGCCUCGAGGCUUGGAAAGAGAAGAGCAGGGAAUUGUCGUCUGGUCGUCAUAGCCUGGACUUUAAUCGACCACAAUUGCGGCCUAUUUCAACAAAUGACCGCCCUCAAUCGCCGACGAGAAGCCCAGGGCAGUCACCCACGCGGCCGCGAAGGGCAUAUCCCGGCGCCCAUGAAAACAAAGGCUUCCACCUCACGCUCAUCCGGCGCGAUCCCACCUCUGGCACGCAGUGGAACGUGGCAACGAUCUCAACGCCACGGAUGGAUUGCAAUGCCAUUGAUAUCGAGAUCUCCACGCCCGGAUAUAAUCGAUUUACCGGAACCAAUGAGCCACUCUCACUUGCCAGCUUAGCAGCCAAUCUUCCUCCAGGAAUUAAGAUCCCAGCGAUGUCUGCCGUGCCAACGUCCCUGGAAGCUGAGCCUCCGCGCGCACCGGCAGCCGGGCCGCGCAAAUUCCACCGGCAGGUCUGCGUGUCCAGGCCAUUUGAUGACUUCGUCUCGCCGGGCGACCGCACCUCGAAUGACUACGGCAAUGGCCACGGGCCGGAGGGGGCAUCCUCGAAGCUGAAAAGUGGGUAUUAUAUGUUCAAAUCUCCGUGGAAUGGCACCUGUACGUUCUCCAGCAGCGUCAACGGCCGCAGCCUGAAGUGCAAGCACAUGAUCCCCGGGCCCGGCGGCCAUGUCCCAGCCACCAGCGAGAGCGACGCGUCUCCAGCCGUCACCGUCGCCGAGAUCCGAUUCAACACUCCCUUCCAAGCCGCCAACCUACACUCCCACGCCCACCACGCCGCACAUCGACCGCACCCGCACCAUAUGUCGCCGUUCCAUCUGAGCCAGAACCCAGCUGCCGCCCGAGACCCUACCUCCUCCGAAAUCCCCAAUUCCUACCCGGAUCCAGCACCUCUAGAUGGGGGCGUCCCGUCCACAGCAUCCAAACGGAACUCCCUCUCCCAACUCCUCAACCCAAACACCUAUAGUCGUCCGCGCGCCCGCUCGGGAGACAGCGCCGCCCUGCCGCCUCCCCCUUCCGACCCCAGAUCCAAUCUCCACCCGGCUGCCAUCCUCCGCCGAUCCUCCCUCCGUGCCCAGCGCUUUGCCCGCCAGAACCAAUUUCCGCCCCAUCACCACCACCGCAGCACUAGUACCAGCAGCGGUGGGCCGGACUCGGAUGAGGACCGGCUUGAUCUGUCGCUGGCACGGGAGCCUGCUGGUGGUGGGAUGCGCGGGAAGAGUGCCAAGUUGGGGAAAUUGAUUAUCGAGGACGAGGGGAUCAAGAUGCUGGAUUUGGUGGUUGCUUCUUGUAUGACAGUUUGGUGGCGCGGAUAUUACUAUUGA